CCUGGCGUUUAUUUGUGCGUCCGCUUGUUUCAUGUUGAUGUAUGUUCGUUUUACAUUUAUGUCUGUUGGUUUUACUUUUUGUGUUUGAUUUGUAUUUAAAUACCUUUGGUUGAUUUUUAUGUACAUUUAUUUUGCAAAGAAGACUGUUGGUUUUGCAUUUAUGGUCAUUGAUAAUAUUAUUUUAGAUUGCUGAAUUUAGUUUGUCGUUGAUUUUGUAAAAAUGUAUUUUUUGCCCUUUCCGCUGCCCAUAUUCUUGUUCAUUGGGGUAAUAUCUGUACUUGUACAUUGGAGUUAUUUUUGUCUUCAAUUGUACACUGGGGUAAUAUCUGUUCCUUUAUAUUGAGGUAAUUUCUGUACUUGUACAUUGGGGUAAUAUCUGUACUUGAACAUUGGAAUAAUUUUUGUCCUUAAUUUUACAUUGGAAUUAUAUCUGUACUUGUACAUUGGGGUAAUUUUUGUACUUGUACAUUACGGUAAUUUUUGUAAUUAAUUGUUCAUCGGGUAAUAUUUGUACUUGUUCAUAUGGGUUAUUUCAGUACAUUUAUUGAUUGUAACCAGAAGGUAUAUUUAUUGUUAAUAGUGACUUUUUUACUUCAGAUGGCUGGUCCAGUCAGAGUGACACUGUUACUCAGCUGCUUCCAGUAAAAAUGUCAUACCAGCGAUUGGAAAUAAUGAAAUAAACAGUUGAAGUUAAAAGGAUAACCCCCCCCCCCCCCCUUCACCUCCGGAUUAGGGUUUUCAGGAUUUUGGAAGUUGGAUGUAUGCGACCUUCAUCAGGACAGCAACAUUAGGGAAGAGUCGUUCUAAGACUGCCAUUUACCUAUCUGUGUAUGAUAAAAUGGGAACGAAAGAGUCCCCAUUCUGUAUCUACUUCACCAAACUGCAUCACUUUUAUAUGGGCGUGUGUUCAAGGGCUCUUCACAAACUACUACAGCAAGAAAUAGCCAAACAAAAUGUCGGCAAUUUUGUCAACUUUCUAAACAAACACACGGAGACGUUGUUCCACUUGAGAGGGAUAAGAUGCUGCUGUAAUAGGAAGGAAUAUGUGGUUUUAAGUAAAGAUCAGUGGAAUGACUUAUUUACCAAACCUAUGAGUCCAAUUCACUGUCCUCGAAAUCAACAGGACUGCUACCAUACUUACGAAGCUCAGAGAUACCUUACCGUGGACAAAGUGGAUUUUUCUCUUGCGUGUGUCCUUCUUCGGAAUAUAUGUGACCCGAAAUAUAAGAACAAAAUCAAGAUUUUUCAAAAAUGUCGUAACGAAUUUAUACAUAAAUUUCCUCCGCCACUAGAUCCAAAUGACUUUGAACUUCUUUGGAGAAAGGCCGAGACGUCACUGUGUGACGUCACCAAUGAUUUACCUGAGGGGAAAAAGCAACAGAUCAGUGAAGAUGCUGACACGAUCUACAACUACAGGGAAAUGUUGACCAGCUACUUAGAAAAUACGGUAUAUGAAGUUAAAGAAUACAUCAAGGAAAACUUGUUUUCACCGAUUAAAGUGUUGGACUUUGUUGUCAACACCCUGGAGCAACAUGGCGUUGCUAUCAUUGUUGGAUAUCCAGGGAGUGGAAAAUCUUAUAUCGGGUUAGAGGUUAUGCGAACCAUGGGCUCAAAAGACAAGAUAGUGCUUAAGGUUGACGAAGUCGAACUCUGGAACCGGCUGGUCCAUUCAAGAUUGGGGUACAUUGUCUUCAUUGACGAUUUCUUGGGAGAAUCUAACCUUGAUUCCGCAAAGUUCACAAAACUGAAAAAAUACUUCAGCACAAUAUAUGCUUGUGUGAAGAAUACCGAAACAAAAGUUGUUUUGACUGUUCGGAAAUCCAUUUACGAAAAAUGGCAUGACAGACUGGAAGAAACAUCGCCGAAGUUGUUUGAACCUCAUCAUGUUAUAGACUUAACCAAAGAAGUACAUCAAAUGUCCAAUGACGAAAAGAAAUCUGUUUUAAUGCAACAUUUACAAAUGGCUAAUAUUCAAAUUGUCAGAACCAAAAAAGAAGCAGCUGAGAGCAGUAAUCUCGUGAUUGAUCAAUUUACAGUGGACGCGAUUUCAGGCACAUUUCAUUUCAAUUUUCCAUUGUUGUGUUUCUUGUUUACCAGAUCUAAGAAUAUGCGGUAUUGGUCAAAAUAUUUUGAGCACCCUAGGGACACACUUGUAAAAACAAUAGAUGAAUUUAGGAAAAGUCAUGAAUUACGUGAAAAAAAGAAGUAUGCUGUUUUGUCUUUCUGUGCAAUAUCCGGUAACAAUAUUAAUGUCAGUCGCUGCAAGUUAGACAGGGAAUGUAUGCCUUUAAUUUGUACCUCAUUAGAACUCAGACAAAUCGAAGGGAGCAAUGCGGUCAAAGUUAUGGUGCAGGAUGCUGUAGAGGAUCUGAAGGACGAAUACUUAAGACAAAUUGAUAAGGAGACGUAUGAAUUCGUGCACCAAUCCAUCUUGGAGGCGACGAUACUCUCUUGUGGAAAAGUGUUUCCAGAGUUAGUAAUUGAACACUGUAGCAAAAACACAUUGUUUGAAUUGAUUCGAACUGAGAAUUACGAGGAGGGAAAGGGUGAACUUGUACUGAAGUUAGAUGAAGAGUAUUAUGAUAAAUUGAUAUCACGCUUCCUUAACGAAAUCAACACAAACCUCAAAGUGAUACCCCAUGUGUUACUUCACCCUGUCAUGGAAGACAGUACUAGUGGCUUCUGCCAACAGUUUCUCGCUCGUCUUAGUUCAUUUGUAUCCGCUGAAGAAACGCCGCCGGAAGUUAGUCAUGCCUGCUUAAUAGAGUCUUCAAAGUUGGGUCAACUCAACACAGUAAAAGCGUGUCUUUCUUUUAAAUUUCCCCAGCAUGUUUUUGAGACAGCACUUAACCAUGCAAGUUACAGCAACCGAGCUAACGUUGUUGUUUUUCUGUCAACUGCGUGCGCUACAGUAAAGUUCGAUCCGUAUUUUCUACAGGCGUGUAGCUUUGGGUGCAAGGAUGUUGUUUUUGCUAUGAUCGACAACGGUAUAGUCCAAGAUGUUGAUCGGAUUCAAGAAGGAAUAGUCCGAUCAACUAAAGCUCAUCACGUAAACAUCAGCAGGGGCUUAAUCAAAGAUUAUCGCUCAAAAACUGACGCUUGGACGUUCAAGAAGACCAUGUUAAAAAUCAUCAUAGAUGCAACAGAAGCAGGAAAAGCCGAUAUUGUUCAGGAAAUUAUUUCAGAUAAGAUAGUAAAUUUGAACGAAGAGGAUUUGAUAACAAUAAUUUUGGAGGCAUGUAUCUCAAACCAGUUGGAUUUAGCGAGAUUUCUUCUGUUAAAGUGUUGUGGUUCAACUGUCGCAGACCUCAACUCUUUUGUCAAGUGUCUCCUAGCUGGCAACAGAGGGAGCAUCGAUUUGGUUUUUGAUAUGAAGGAUUUUUUUCAAUCAGGUAAAUUUUUGAGCGAAAAGAACUUCAUCGGCUUACACAAAUUCUUCGGCAAGGAGAACAUCGAUUACCUUUUAACUUCCACGGGUUUCGGGAGUUACGUCAUAGAGAGGGCCCUGUCUUGUUUCCCGGACGACGUCGAGUCCGUCUGCUCCUCCUCGGACGUGAUUAGACACCUACUGUGGAUUGGGGGUCAUUCCGUGGUUUCUAAGCUGUGUCAAAGGAACCCCGACUUAAUACAAUCUCUCAAAAAAAUGGAGAAGCUUGUGGACAGUUACAACUUUGUGGAGUUUUCAGCAUUCUGUGGAUUUCCCCAUAUUGAUUUGAUUGCACAGGAAUGUUGGCACAAACGCGAUUCGUUAUUCCAUCAUUGCAUCGAAGGUUACAAAAUCAGUGGAAGAUUACCUGGUUUGGAAGUGGAGCUUGGUUACAAAAAUAGACACAAUGCUGUUAAUUUUUUCGAAACGACCUCUCGCCAGAGAGGUUAUGCCUCUUGUCUAAAGAAGUUAUACAAUGAAACCAUAGAGUUAACAAAGGAUUCACCAGCGAUAAGGUCUAUUACAAAAAUAUUGUGCGAAACGUUUGAAUCAGAUACUUUCGAUACUAUCAGAGACUUUUUGAAUUUUCGAAGUACAAAUACCUCAAGACUCUUUCCAAUAUCGUCUGCGAAAAUGGAUGUUUUACAUCUCUUACGUCAUAUUCUUCUCCACCAUGUCGAUCUGAUGCAAGUACAGGCAAUUUUUGAUUCGUGAGCUUAAUGGACUGAUAAAUAUAAGGACGGAAAAGAAGACAAAAAUUGAUAAUAAUUUUCACGAUCAAAUAUUCGACGGACAGGAAGUGAGGCACAUAGUUAUAUUUUUAUAUCCACGAUGUAUUUUUCCUCUAUUUCUUAAAAAAAAAUAAUUGUACAAGAUAGAGAUCUAAACUGAUGAGGCUGAGAUUUUCGCAAUCCAGUGAACCAUGUGUCAACGUAAUGGUUAUACUUUUAAAAGACUGCCUUUAGAUGCAGUGUUAGAGGUUAACCAAUUUCAUGUCGGCGUUAAGUGGCUAUAUCAUAUAGAGUCGUUUUAACAAGGCCUUGGACUUUCAGUAGGACGUAGCUAUCUAUUUCUUGCUUCAAAACAAGUUAAAAGUGACGCGAUUUCAAGCGAAAUAUGCACCGAUUGUGCAGUCUUAGCUUAAAUGCCAGACAAAUCUCAUUGAUUUCAGAGAGCAAUGGCUGAGUGGCUGACAAUGAAAUUAUAGACAGACAUACGUCACAUUGCUGUUUAACACAAUCACCCAAAGUCCAAACUCUUGUUAAAAUGGUUCUAGUUUUAACAUCGUCUCUUUGAUGUCUUCUUUGCUAUUGACUUUGCGUGAACGAUAUUUUGAUUGAUCGAAAUUAGAGCAACACUGAGAUCACGACCACAAUGGGUCUGCACGGGCGGAUCUCGGGCUUCUAUUGGACCUUUUCUUACACAAUGUUUAAAAAAUAAGCAUGGUUUUCGGUCUCCAAUUUAUAAUUUUACAAAAUUAUAGUUGUUUGCAUGCUUCAGUAUGAUGACCGAUCUUUGACAGUAUACUUUUACUUCCUCUAAAUGUUAUUAACAUUGUCGACUGUGACAUAAUAGUAAUUUCAUUGUGAACACAAUUGUGUGUACAAUGUACGUGGAUGUACUUGUUAAUCAAAUGACGAUUUAUCAAUACAAUGGAGAUCGUUAAAAUGUGUACGGGAUGUGAACUUGGUUGAUCGGCUGAUCAAAUCCUAUCUGUAAUGUUCGAAGAUUUAAACAAUUUGGCAAUUUUUAUAUUUCUGUGAACUGAUAUAUACAUAUAUUUUUAUAGUUUAAGAAAGAGAAACUAUUAAAAUAUAUAUAUUUUU